AAGAAAGAGGAAGGAUGAAGAAAAAGCGAAGGGCGGAAAGAGAGAGGGGAGGGGAGCAAGCCUUUGAAGAAGAGGGAGAGGGAGAAUGGUGUAUAGGUUCAGCAAUAGCGUGAUAGGAAUCCUAAACCUCUUCACACUUGUAGCCUCAAUUCCAGUCAUAGGAGGGGGGCUAUGGCUUGCAAGGAGCAGCAGCACCUGCCAGUCAUUCUUGCAGAUGCCCGUCCUAGUGCUGGGGUUCGUGAUACUGGCAGUUUCAUUAGCAGGGUUCAUAGGGGCAUGCUUCAACGUGGCGUUGGCACUGCGGGCCUACUUGGCAGCGAUGCUUCUCCUCAUCGUGGCCCUCCUCUCCCUCACCAUCUUCGCCUUCGUGGUGACGAGCAAAGGGAAGGGUGUGGAGGUGCCGGGACAUGAGUACAAGGAGUAUCACCUGGAAGGCUACUCCCCGUGGCUGAGGCACAAGGUGACAGACGAGGCCAACUGGCGCCAUAUUCGGAGCUGCAUCCUCACUUCGAGGACCUGCGCCUCUCUAGCCACAUGGACACCACUCGACUAUCUCCAACGAGACCUCUCACCAAUUCAGUCAGGCUGUUGCAAGCCGCCAACUUCAUGCCAAUUUGGAGCGGCAAUUAUGGGGGUUGCACAGGAUCCGGAUUGCUCGUGGUGGAGCAACACAGAAGGGUGGCUUUGCUACGAGUGCGACUCGUGCAAGGCAGGGGUACUCGAGGACAUGAAGCGUAACUGGCAAAAACUUUCUGUCCUCAACAUCGUCAUCCUCAUCUUUCUCAUCUUUAUAUGCACCAUAGGGUGUUGCGCACUCCGCAACACCCGAAGAUCCGAGACGGACUACCCCUACGGAGAUAAUCACAUGACCAAAGUUAAACCAAGAUGGGACUUUUACUGGUGGAGAUGGUGGAAAGAUAGGCAAGAGCAGAUUUAUUGAGUGUCUAUGCGAGACUCUGGAGUCAUUUUCAUUUUCUCUUUACUGGUGUUUUCAAGAACACGACUAUGAACAAACUUUUCUAACAAAACUUGGUGAGGCACAUGUUUGAGAGAGAGUAAUUAGGUAAUGUUUUUGAUGUGCAUAAUGUUGGGACGGUUUUGUACAUAUGUUCAUAACUUGUGAAUGUAGUUCAUCAAUAUCUUUCUCACACUCAUCCACCAACGUUGGAAGAGCAGAGUCAUAGCGAGAGUAUUGAGAAAGAAAGAUGAAAAUACAUGUUAAAGUUCUUGGAUUUUGUUAGUAAUGUCCUUGGACUGUUAUCACAUAGAUAAAGGUUUUUUAAGAUA